CGGCGAAUCGUGUGUUGGAUUUGGAGGGGUAUGCUUCUUCCUAUUCUUUCAUUAUUAUUAAUUAAUUAAUUAUUUAUGGCUGUUCUGUUCUGUUCAUCCAUAACGGUAGUACUCAUUAUCUAUUUAAUUAUUUAUGAUUAGUUUCCUUCAUUUCCUUUCUCCUUGAUGCAUCUGUAGUCUGUACCUCUCCUUUGAUUAUUAUUUUUCGCGCAUAGUUUUUGCCAGGUUAACACUAGAAUACACAGUAGCUUUAAAUUGGGUUCCAGUGUCAUUGCAGCUACCAUUUUGUACUAUUGAUUUUGUACAUAUUUUAAGCUAAUUUUGUUCUAAAAAAAGUUUUGGAACUAUAAGAAUCAUGUUAAUUUACAGAAAAGUUGAAGAGUACAUGGUCGUACAAUUUUUUCAUUCGGUAAAUACUAAAAACAUACUUCAGUUCUAUUGGAAUACCAUGGUGGAAUACUUUAUUAGCAUUUUGUUUCCCAACAUAUACAAAAAUAAAUAUUUUUUUCUUGAUUUCAAUUAAUCCAUUUACUUUGUGUAAUAUUUGUAAACUCGUAGGUAAAAUGAAGAAAAUAUAAAUCAGUUAUUAAAUAAAAAUAUAUUUUUUAAGAAGAUAAAUACAGUCCGAAUCCUAGCUAAAUUUUAUUUAUGUAGUGGCCCUAGCUUGCAUUGAUCCAUAAAUAAAAAAGUUGAACCCGCCCCGCCGGUUAUUAUCCGACCCGCAGUAGCGUGGGGCGGGGCAUGGGUAUCAACUUUCGACCCGCCCUUACCCGCCCCGCCCUAUUCUUGACCUGUUCUAGGUCAAUUUCUUACCCCAUCCAUUCAUAUAUCUCCUAUUUUGGUUUUUCUUCAACUAGUUAGACUUGAUCUUUCAACUAAAUAAACUCAGUUACCCAUUAUAUUAUCACAAUUAUUCAUUCAUAAACUCUUUUCCAUUUCGUUUUAUCAUUAAAAGUAAAAUUUAGUGUGUAUUUUUCUCAAAUAGCAUGUAAGAGUGGGUCGACCCGCCCCGCCCCUUAUCCGCCCCGACCCAUACUAGCGCGGGGCAGGGCAUGUGUAUUGAAGUACCCGUCCCAUCCCGACCCAUUGCCAUCACUUGCGUGUUUUCGCGUGCUGUUUUAGAUCUGCCAAAUAACACUAUUACUAAAAUAAAAGGAAUCUUUAGAUUAAUAUUGUAUAAUAAUAUUUUUAUUUGGUAUACACUUACACUAUCAUUAGUCAUUAUCUUUUAUUACACUGAUAAAUUAUAUGACUACUCCUACUUGUUUUGUUUUUGAGUCCACGACGGUUAUUGUUGUGGCACACCUCACAUAUGUGGCUAAUCCGUAAGAAUUCCUAAGCAAAAAGAAGAAAAAAAAUAAAAGGAUAAAUUUGUUACCCAAGGUUUUUCGUUGCAGGGCUUAAGAUAGGGUGCACCCAUUAAUAACCAAAUCUAGACCAUUCAUUUAGAAAAUUCAAAUCUAAGGAUGGAGAACUAAAAAUCAUUUUUAUUUUUCCUAGUUUUCGUAUUCAGAUUUCAGUUUCAAAAGUCUUUAUAAUUCUCAACAAAACAAGUUUUCUUCGGCUUUUGUUUUCUAGAUAACAACAAUUUUACUUUUCUUUCCGAUUCUAUUUUUUGUUGUCCAGAAAACAAAAAACAGAAUGAUUACUAAAAGGGGCAAUAGGCUCCAGCGUAAUUAGAAGUCAAAGUAGUCUAUGUUUCAUGAGUAUUAUGAUUCGAUAUAAAUCAAAACUGGAGAAAUAAACCAUUACUCGAAUGAGUGAGCUACAGGUGUAUAAUCCUUGGUCAUGCAAUUAUAACAAAUCAUAUCUAACGUUUUCAUUUUGAUUUAAAACCUUUUAUUUUUUCUGCCUCUUUUAAUCGAUUGGUAUCUUAUUUGUGUUAACAUGGAUUCAAAAAUUACCACUUGCUACAACCCUAGAACCACUAUGUACAACCUUCAUUUUUAAUUUAAAAUGGGAAACAAAUUUGGAACAGGGUUGUCUUGAUCUAUUGUGAUAUACAAAUUUCUUGGGAGGAGGGUGAGUGGGAAAGAGUGAUAAAUGGUGGUAGACAUUGGUUAAAUUUGAUCAAUAGUAUUUUAUACAUUCAUACAAUCAUGUAUUUAACCAUUAUAUACUAUGAUAUAUCCAUCUCACCAUAGUAUAAUUUUAUGUACUAUCAAAUAUUACCAUUAUGGUAUAGACUGGUAAUAUAUGUAUCGGUUGUUUUGUUGAAAAAUUUAUCAAAGUAGAUGUCAUUUUUCUGUAUAAAAAGUUUAUUUACGACUUAAAACAAAAUAAUAUAGCAGUUAAAAUUAAUUAAUCGGGGGAAAAAGUUAUAUGUAUCCCAUAUACCGCUAAGGAGAGUUAUUAACAGGAUUGGCUGUACAUGAAGCUUUUUUUUUUUUCAUUUUCUUACAAGAGUAUUUGGUGGAGCAUGCUCGAGAUUAUUCUUUGUCAUCAAGCUGAGUAGUAGUGAUAAUAAUGAUAUGUUUUUCUGUGCAAGUUCCAUUACUAACAAAUUUUAUUGUUGGGAAAUUGGUUAUGUAGAUAAGGACAAGGAGUAUUUGGUCGAAAGAGUUUGGAGCCACCAGGUAGGGCAGGGUAAGGGAAGAAACAAGAUCGAUCGAUGGAGAUGGAAGCUAUCAAAGUAGUUUUGGUAAUGGCAACAAUGUGGUGGUGGCUCCUAUCAAUCGGUCACGCGGCGCCCUUGUCAUUCAACUACACCAGCUUCGAGCAGUGCACCGACGCCGUGAAACUGGCCGGGGACGCGACCUGCGUAAAAUCCGGGGUUCAGGUCACGGGCUUCCAGUACUACACAGCCGGGCAGGCCCAGUACUCGAAGCCCAUGCGGCUGUGGGACGCCUCCAACGGAAAGCUCUCCAACUUCACCACCACAUUCACCUUCUCCAUGGACAACAGCAACGGCGAUUGGACCUGCGACGGCUUUGCAUUCUUCAUCGCCUCCCACAACUACACAUUCCCGGGGACAUCCGCCAACACGGGCCUCCUGGGCCUCGUGGAUGGCAACCACACCUACAACGCGUCGGCUAACCCCUUCCUGGCCGUGGAGUUCGACACGUACAACAACCCGGAGUGGGACGUGUGGAGCAACCUCAGCCACGUUGGGGUCGACCUCAACUCCAUACAGUCCGUUGCUAGCAAGCGGUGGAAGAGUUAUUCCGACGGGAGCACAACCAUGUGGGCCCAGAUCUCUUACGAGGCCGGGAACCUGUGCGCUACCUUCACAGGGCUGACGGAGAACCUGACGGAGGUUCCCAGGGACAGCUUGUGCUAUGAGGUGGACCUGAGGGAUUACCUGGCGGAGUGGGCUGUGGUUGGCUUCUCCGGGUCGACAGCGUGGCGGUACCAAUCCCACACCCUCAAGUCGUGGUCCUUCGUCUCCGACUUGGACGCCGAGGGGGGACCCACAACCACCACAGGCAGUAGUAGUAGUGGCGCUGUAGGGAAAAAGAAGAAGAAGAGCAAGGCCACAAUGAUUGUGGGAUCGAGCGUGGCGGGAGUAGUAGGUUUCGUUGGUAUUGUUGCAUUGAUUAUUUGGCGGCCGUGGCAGCACAGAGAUAAUGUUGUUAAGCAUCAGCAGGCUUCGCCGUCGGCUCCCCUAGGGCUAGGCAAUGGAAUGAAUAAGCAGGUGGAGGAGAAUAGCAGCAGCAACAACAACCAUGGAAUCAAGUUCUACAGCCCACUGGAGAUUAGGAACGCUACCAAGGAGUUCAGCAGGAGCGAGCACCUGGGAAGUGGGGGGUACGGGGUGGUGUACAGGGGAAAGUUCCAAGGCAGCAGUGAGUUGGUUGCAGUGAAGAGGAUAUCAGGGCAGAAGGACAGUGAUUUCAAAGGGUAUAUGUCGGAGCUGUCCACGAUUAGCCAGUUGAAUCAUGAGAAUCUGGUGAAAUUAAUGGGUUGGUCAUUCGAGAACGACAAGGGUUCCUUCUACCUCAUCUACGAGUACAUGGCGGAAGGGAGUUUGGAUGGACAUCUGAUCCGUCGUCAAGGAGGUGAUUCUGGGUUGGAUUGGAAGAAAAGGUACAGCAUCGCAGGGGACGUGGCUAGAGGGCUAACCCAUUUGCACGAGGGGCAAGGGGGCCGUAUCGUCUUGCACGGGGACAUCAAGCCUAGCAACGUCCUCCUUGACUCCAAUUUUAAUGCCAAGCUUGGCGAUUUCGGCCUAGCCCUCAUCGUAGACCAGCAAGCAGCCGGGCCGCAGAAAGCAUCGGGUCACACCCCUUGGUACGUGGCCCCGGAGUGUGCCAAGACGGGCAAGUCAACCAAGGAGUCGGACAUUUACAGUUUCGGGCUAGUGCUGCUGGAAAUCGCAUGCGGAGGAAGAAAGAAGGACCUAGCCAAGUGGGUUUCAGAGCUGAAUUCCGAGGGAAAUAUUCUCAAUGCAGCCGAUCCAACGCUCAAAGAUAAUAUUGAUGAUCGUCAUGAAAACCUGGAGAUGGAGUCGUUGUUGAUGGUGGGUCUGCACUGUGCCCAUCCCGAUCCCAAACACAGGCCACCCAUGCGGGUUGCGAUGCAAGCGUUGAAUCUGGACAUGGCGCGUGAUGCUUUCAUCUCCAAGUAUCCUGCUCCCACACCUGAGGAAUACUUACUGUUUGCUCCCCCAGUGGCGGUGCCGCACACCAGCAUCAAUUUAUCAGGCCCACCUUCCACAUCAGGAGGAGGAGGAGGAGCAGGUAUCGGUAGUGAGUCUCCAUUGCCAUUGCUUGCGAAUGCCGCCCAUCCCACUGCUGCUUCCCUUUACAUGUCUAAUGCCACUCAAACUGCUCCCAAUGAUGGUGGCCAAAACUGAUCCACCACUUGCAAACCUAGCUAGCUAUCAUUUCACCUCCAUCUUUCACAUCACUUGUUACUUAAUUUGUGUCAAUUGUUUAAUUUCCUAAUUACUUGGUUGGUAUUAUCAAUUGCAUUGGAUGGUUUGUCGAGAGCUAUAUUAUUGUUGUUUACUUCGGAAUGCAAGUUAUUAUAUAUAGUUAAACACACAAUCAGGUGAUGAUUCUCUUGUUUCUCUUAAUCUUUAAUUACAUGCUAGAACCACUACCCGCCGCAGGAACUAAGGUUGUAAUAGCAUGAUCGUAUGGUGACUAGUUUAGAUAACAACAAACUGAAUAUUGUUGU